AUGCGCGCGACAGCUUUUACUUCAUCGCCAAAAACGUUCACCUUUUGUAUCGCCGUUCGAGGAGGAGGAGGAGGAGGAGGAGGAGGGUAUCCUCGCAUCACUCGCGAAAACUCUUCUUCUUUGUCUUCUUCUUUGUCUUCUUCUUCUCGUCACAAAAGUUACGGAGCGGCAAAAUGGAAAAUUUCAAAAUCGAACGAGAGACAAACACGGAGGGGAAGAAACAAAGCGCGUUAUGCUCCUCUGACGACGAGAGCGGAACAACGCGAGGGCAAUAAUUCGCCGUAUCACACGCAGAACGAAGAAAAGUUGAUGGAUUUAUUGACCGUGCAAAGCGUGAAAACUGUUUUGCACUACCUUCAAGAAACGAACGGAGAGAUGCAUUUGUUCUUAAAUAACUACAUUGCUGAAAAUCCGUUCUUUCAAACGCGGAAAAACGCGGCGGGGCAACCCAAGAGAGAAUCUGGAGAGGAGUGGUUGAUAAAACUGGCCAGUUCGGGGUUGACGACUGUGACAGAUGUAAAUCGUGGAUCUGUCCCUACGAUAGAUGAUAGCCAGCCAAAGACGAGAGAGGUCAGCCCGAGAGACUGCGCGGAACGUAUUUUAGCAACGAGGAAAGACUUGGGGGAAGACUUCGUCUCGUUUUUAGAAAAAGUAGAGGUGAAGAACGGAAGCGUGUUGAGGAACGCCUUGGAGAGGACGUUUACCAUUGUGGAAGAGGAAGAGUGA